AAAUAAUUGCCAUGUUAAAAAAAAAGUGGUUGCCAAGGGUAACUGACUUUGUUUAUCAAUACUGCUUGAAUUUUGUUUUCUUCUUAGAACAGGACUAGCAUUCUUCAAAUAAUGUCUAAAACUAAAAGUCCUUUGGAAGAAAAUGCUCGACGUGUUCUUGAACAAUAUAUAACGGCUUUACAAAGCGAAUCAAAGAUAGCGCGAAAAAAUGCGCUCACGAAGUUAAGCGAAGAAAUUUUUGAGAAUCCUGAAAAUGUUGAUUGUGAUCUCACUGUGGUGUUUCCAGAAAUCUACGCGCACGUACUCAAAAGCUAUUCCGAUCAGUCGGAGGCGUGUCGAGAAUUAGCCGUGCAAAUAAUUUCGAACUUCAUAGAAAAGCUCCCACUGAAUGACUAUUAUUUAACCUAUAUAUUUCCUACGCUUGUCCGACGUAUCGGAUGUCCUGAGAUUGUGGAAGAAUCUGAAGAGAUUCGGCUAGUUCUAAUCCAGCUAGUUCACACUAUCUUAGAUAGAUACAAAGUUACACAUUACUUAAAUUCUUUUCUAAAUGAUUUAACAAGUAUUUUAACCAAAACGGUUACGGAUCCUUAUUCUAAAGUGAAGGUAGAAGCAUGUGAAUGCAUUAUAUUGUUAGCUGAGAACUUGCAGCGGGAUUUUCAUUUUCAAUCUGAGAGCUAUGUGAAGCCCGUGCUGUCAAAUCUAGCACACCAGCAUUUUAGGGUUCGGGCUGCAGCUGUUAAAGCUAUAGGAGCAAUAGUGAUGUCAGGAAAUGUGAAAUGCUUAGAGCUAUCAAUAACACCAAUGGCAGAGAAGCUGUUUGAUGAAAAUAGUCAAGUUCGCCUCCAGGUGACAUUAGAAGUAGGAAACUGGAUGUUAAAAUACAGAGACCGAUAUUCUUUUUGGCAUCGCAUGAUGCCACUGUUGUUAACUAGCCUGAGUGAUGUAAUGGCUAGCAUCAGGGAAACUGCCACGAAACUCUGGGAUGAUGUUGGCUUACAAUACAUGGAGGAAAAUGAGGAAGAUUUAAAAAAGAAGAGUGAUUUCCUGAAAGAUGUUCCCUCGCAUUAUCCUGAUGUUAAAAGACCCAACAUGGGUUGUAGAGUAUUGGUGCAGAGUAAUAUUGGGAAAAUUGUUCUUGCUGUUGAAAAAGAAAUGGAGGGCUGGCAAGCAGAUGCUCGUCUCCGCGUGGCUCAGCUCCUCUGCUGGUUGAUAUUAUGCGCAGAGGAGGGUUCUACACAGCAUGCCAACGCUAUUGUUCGUACUAUGAUACGUGGGGCAGCUGAUGAAGAUCCUAGAGUUGUGGUCGAGGUGAAACGCGCCGCAGAAUUGUUCGGAUACUUCAUCACUCCGGAAACGUGGUGGCCGCUGCUGGAGGCCGACGUGGAAUCGUGGGCAGUCUUGCUUGUCCUAGCCAACAUCAUCAAAGGUUCUCGUGUGGAACUUGUGAAAGGGAAGAUUUUGACUGAGAUAUGUAAAGAAUUGGCGGAUCCUGACCGUUGUAGAACUAGAAAGCCAAAGUACCAGACGAAUUUGCUUCACGUAUCGGAGGCGUUGAUGGAGCUCUGCGGUGACGAGUGUGGGUCAGUCGCCAACGAUCUUUUCACCAUCAACUUCACUGUUUACGCCAUGCCCGUCGAUGAUCAGAUACAGUUUAUGGCGUUGUCAAACCUGGACAGACUUCGGUGCAUUGAAAAGUCCGGUAAAACAUUAACCAGUCUCUAUGAGAGACACAUCGGUAAAGUGCUCGCCAACAUCACCAGCGACGCCCCCACGUGGACUCUGCUCACCCCCGAUCGGUGUCUGCUUGAAUGCGUUCUGAUGCACGCAGGUUCAGCCAUGGGAGCCCAGCUGCACCUCAUAGCUCCCCUAUUAAAGGAGUGUCUGGCGAACACGGAAACGGACGCGGAAGUCAGACUAAAGAUAUUCACGACUCUAUCGACUGUUCUGCUGAAGAGGCAAGAGAACUUCAGGAAAUGCGACAGUGACAAACUUGGGGCGUUCCUGAAGAUCAUCAUAGAAGAAAUAAUAAUGCCUAACAUGAUAUGGUCGGCGGGUCGCACCGCCGAGGCGAUACGCACCGCGGCCGUCGCGUGUCUGUGCUCGGCGCUGCAGGACAGCCCUCAGGAGGAUCGCAUCCGGGCCGAGAACGGUGGAGAUGGCGACACCGUCGAUAAGAAAGUAAACCUCUUUCCCACAAAAGAAUCCUUGGAACCGUUUUUGGACGAAAUGGUACCGCUCCUCAUGGGUCUGGUGGAGGACAACUCGACGUUGACAAGACAGCACACUCUGCGUGCCGUGUGCUGCCUCGCGACUUUAGCCCGCCAACGCGGCUGCUUUACAGCGGAUAUAUUGAAUAAAAUGUAUUUCGUUGUAUUGAAACGCCUCGACGACGUUAGCGACAAAGUUCGUUCUUACGCCGUGCAGACUUUAUGUACUUUGUUCAAGAACCGACCGCAGCCGUACGAUACGACUGUAUACGGUGCGCACGUUGACGCUCUGUACUCCGCCAUGUUGGUGCACCUGGAUGACGUCGAUGAAACGUUCAGAAACGAAAUGUUAGAUGCUUUACUCCAGCUCAGCGAUAUCGAUCCAAGAACGUUAAUGAAGAAAGUGAAAUCCAAUAUUCACGUUUAUCGAAAUAAAUCCGCUUACGAGAAGAUAUCGAGUCACCUUGAGAAGCUGACCAUAUGAACUGUUUAGAUAGUUCUAGUCAAUUUACUUGUUCGUUUAGGUUACAAUUCUUUAGUUUGACAAAAAAAUAAUUUUAUAUAAAUAAAUGAUUUUGCAGGCAAGUCUAUAAGAGACGCGGUCAGACAAUGUAAU